CUAAAUCGAUCGAUAAUGCUAAUUCCUUUGGCCACCCGCAUAUUUAUAAAACCCAAAAUGAGGGUGGAUCUCGAUAUAUAAAGACAAUCCCUUGUGAGGCAGAAGUCAGGUGAACUGUGAACGGCAUCAGCAUGAGGUUCCUAACUGUUCUGGCUUUUUCGCUCCUGGUGGCUCUUGUGGCCAUCAGUCAAGCGGAUGACAGUCCAGGAUUCUUCCUGAAGAUCACCAAGAACGUGCCGCGACUGGGAAAGCGAGGUGAGAGCUUUGCCAUGAAGAACCUGAAGACCAUACCCAGAAUAGGACGAAGUGAGCAGACCUCUGUGACUCCACUGUUGGCCUGGCUGUGGGAUCUGGACACCACUCCCAGCAAGAGACGUCUGCCCUCCGGGGAUUCGAAGGCACAGGAGCAGGAACUCAACGUGGUGCAGCCCGUCAACUCCAAUACCCUGCUGGAGUUACUGGACAACAAUGCCAUUCCCAGCGAGCAGGUGAAGUUCGUCCACUGGAGGGACUUUGAUCGUGCCCUCCAGGCGGACUCCGAUCUGUACGCAAAGGUCAUCCAGCUGGGCCGCCGUCCGGAUCAGCACCUCAAGCAAUCCCUCAGCUUCGGCAGCUUUGUCCCGAUCUUCGGCGACGAACAGAACCCGGCCUUCAUGAUGUACAACAACAACGAGGAUCAGGAGCUGUACGGCGGCGGUGGUAAUCGCCACUUCCUGAAGUACAACACCUUGUAAGAGAAGGAGCACGAAGUCUUACCCAAAUUGACAACGAAAGCUAUUUAGAUUCGGAAUAUUACAGGUUUGAUUUUUAUACUCCAAAAACAAAGAAGUAUGAAACAUUAAUAAACGCAUUUUUAAUUUCCUAAUUGCAAAUAUAUAUCCAGAUCCUUACAAAGGCUCACAGCAAUCAUAUAUAUAAAAUUGUUUUCUUUAAAAACCAAAAUGUUAA